GCGUAUUUUCCCCACCAGAUGCGUAUCUCAUAGUGGAGUGGAUAACAAGCACUAUAGGCUCUGUAAGCUACCUUCGACCUUUGUAUAUUAUUACUCAAAACCCCCGCACAAGCAGCACGCUUCGCUUUUGCUAUAACAAAAGUUUUCUUCGGACUCCAAAUAAUACGAGGGAGAGAGAAUAUAUACUUUAGCAGACUCUCUACGUUUCAGUCUCCCCCUUUCACCAAACGAAGCAAAAAGCCAUGGCUUCCAGUGCCUGCACUUUUUCCUCAGACGAUAUCGUGAUUAAGUCUCCAAACGAUAGUCGGCUGUACAGGCUCAUUGAGCUCGAGAAUGGGCUCCAAGCCUUGCUGGUUCACGACCCUGAGAUUUACCCAGAUGGGCCUCCUAAAUCCCUUGAGAAUGGCCAUGAAGUAGAUGAGGAUUUGGAUGAGGAAGAAGAAGAGGAGGACGAGGAGGAUGAGGAAGAUGAUGAGGAAGACGAUGAGGAAGAAGAAGAUGAUGAUGAUGAUGAUGAAGAGGAAGAAGAAGAAGAAGCGGAGGGCCGUGAAGUUAAAGGGAAAGGAAAGAAAGGUGCUUCUUCUCAGACUAAAAAGGCAGCAGCAGCUAUGUGUGUAGGAAUGGGCAGCUUUUCUGAUCCUUUUGAGGCACAGGGGCUUGCACAUUUUCUAGAACACAUGCUUUUCAUGGGGAGUACUGAAUUUCCUGAUGAAAAUGAGUAUGAUAGUUACUUGUCCAAGCAUGGAGGCUCUUCUAAUGCAUACACAGAAUCUGAGCAUACCUGCUACCAUUUUGAAGUGAAGCGGGAGUUUCUCAAGGGUGCCUUGAGAAGAUUUUCUCAGUUCUUUGUUUCACCUCUAGUGAAGAGUGAGGCCAUGGAAAGAGAGGUACUUGCUGUAGAUUCAGAAUUCAAUCAGGUUCAACAAAAUGAUGCCUGCCGUCUUCAACAACUUCAAUGUCAUACGGCUGCACCUGGUCAUCCUCUUAAAAGAUUCUUUUGGGGCAAUAAGAAGAGCUUGGUUGAUGCUAUGGAAAAAGGGAUCAAUUUACGGGAACAAAUAUUGAAACUGUACAGAGAUUACUACCAUGGUGGAAUAAUGAAGCUUGUUGUCAUUGGUGGAGAGUCUUUGGAUGUACUUGAGAGUUGGGUCAAGGAAUUGUUUGGUAAUGUCAAAAAAGGCCCCCAAAUAAAGCUGGCAUUUAAGGCAGAAGGUCCUAUCUGGAAAUCUGGUAAACUCUAUAGGUUACAGGCUGUCAAAGAUGUACAUAUCCUUGACUUAACAUGGACACUGCCAUGUCUUCAUCAAGACUAUUUAAAAAAACCGGAAGAUUAUUUAGCGCAUCUCCUCGGGCAUGAGGGCAGAGGAAGCUUGCAUUCCAUUCUAAAGUCCAGAGGAUGGGUAACAUCUCUAUCUGCGGGUGUUGGGGAUGAAGGAAUGCACCGUUCAUCUAUAGCUUAUAUCUUUGGCAUGUCCAUGCACCUCACAGACUCUGGCCUGGAAAAGAUUUUCGAUAUCAUUGGCUUUGUAUAUCAGUACCUUAAGUUGUUACGUCAAGUUGCACCACAAGAAUGGAUAUUUAGGGAACUCCAGGAUAUUGGGAACAUGGAAUUUAGAUUUGCUGAGGAGCAACCACAGGAUGAUUAUGCUGCAGAGCUUUCAGAGAAUUUACAUAUAUAUCCAGCAGAGCAUGUUAUUUAUGGGGACUAUGUGCACAAGAUAUGGGAUGAGGAAAUGGUCAAAUAUCUUCUUGGUUUCUUCACACCAGAAAACAUGAGGAUAGAUGUGAUAUCAAAGUCCUUUAUGUCUCAAGAUUCCCAAAAUGAGCCUUGGUUUGGGUCACGCUAUGCUGAGGAAGAUAUUUCUCCAUCUUUGAUGGAGUUGUGGAGGGAUCCUCCAGAAAUUGAUUUUUUACUGCAUCUGCCCUCAAAGAAUGAGUUCAUUCCAUGUGAUUUUUCAGUUCGUGCUUAUAGUACAUGUAAUGGUCCUGUAAAUGAAUUGACUCCAAGAUGCAUACUCGAUGAACCACUAAUGAAGUUCUGGUACAAGCUUGAUAGAACUUUCAAACUUCCUCGUGCAAAUACAUACUUCCGCAUAAAUUUGAAGGGGGGAUACGAUAAUGUGAAGAGUUGUCUCUUGACAGAAUUGUUUAUUCACCUUCUAAAAGAUGAGAUGAAUGAGAUUAUAUAUCAGGCCAGUGUUGCCAAGUUAGAAACUUCUGUAUCUCUUUUCAGUGAUAAGCUGGAACUAAAGGUCUAUGGAUUCAAUGAUAAGCUUCCAGUUCUCUUAUCUAAAGUUUUGGCAGUAGCCAAAUCUUUUUUGCCAACUGAUGAUCGUUUUGAGGUUAUCAAAGAAGAUAUGAAGAGAACUUUAAGAAACACCAACAUGAAGCCUCUAAGUCAUUCAUCAUACUUGAGAUUGCAAGUGCUGUGCAAGAGUUUCUAUGAUGUAGAUGAGAAGCUAUGCUUUCUAAAUGACUUGCACCUUUCUGAUUUGGAGGCGUUUAUCCCUGAGCUUCGUUCCCAGCUAUACAUUGAGGGCCUUUGCCAUGGCAAUCUAUUAGAAGAAGAAGCAAUCAGCAUAUCACACAUCUUUAAAACUAACUUCUCUGUGCCACCGCUCCCAAUUGAAAUGAGGCAUCAAGAACAUAUAAUUGAUCUUCCCUCUGGUGCCAACCUUGUUAGAGAUGUCAGUGUAAAGAAUAAGUUGGAGAAAAACUCUGUGGUUGAGCUUUAUUUUCAAAUCGAGCAGGACAUUGGGAUGGAAUCGAUCAAAUUGAAGGCUUUGUUAGACCUUUUUGAUGAAAUUGUGGAAGAACCACUUUUCAAUCAGCUGAGGACAAAGGAGCAGCUUGGUUAUGUUGUCGAAUGUAGUCCACGAGUAACAUACCGUGUUUUUGGGUAUUGUUUCAUCGUUCAAUCUUCUGAGUACAGCCCAAUCUAUUUGCAAGGGAGAGUUGAAAACUUCAUUAAUAGCCUGGAAGAAUUACUGGAUGGUCUUGAUGAAGAUUCCUUUGAGAAUUACAAAAGUGGCCUACUGGCAAAGCUACUGGAGAAAGAUCCAUCUCUCACAUAUGAAAGCAAUCGGUUCUGGAAUCAAAUUGUUGAUAAAAGGUAUAUAUUUGACUUGUCAAAGAAAGAAGCAGAGGAACUGAGUGGCAUUCACAAGAUUGACGUUAUCAACUGUUACAAAAUGUAUUUGCAACAAUCAUCUCCUAAGUGUAGGAGGCUUGCGGUUCGGGUGUGGGGUUGUAACACUGAUAUGAAAGAUGCUGAAACACAAAAUAAGUCUUUGCAAAUCAUCAAAGACGUCACAACCUUUAAGAUGUCAUCUAAGUUCUAUCCAAGCAUUUGUUGAAAUUGAACAUACAAUUCAAAGUAGAGCAAACUGUCAGAGCCAUCCAAGGUAAAUUUUGACCACAGGUUGUAGCUGGGAAGACAAUACAAAAUCAAAUUCAUUAGCCAGAAGAUUGGAGUAAUUGAUACAUUCAUGUAAGAUACAUUUAUUUUGAAUUUCCAUCACUCAUUAAUAAGAUUAUUGUAAUUGACUAAAAUAUGGUAAAUUAUUUAAUAAGUAUAGUUCUUUAGAUGCAA